ACACAAGGAUCUGUACAAGGAGGCCAUUAUGGAGGAGCACCAGCCUAUUAUAUCACAAGAAAAUCCCAGUCAAAAUUGUAAUGGAAAUGUUAUAUUAUCACUAAAUUCUAAAGGAGAAGAUGAAGAUAGCAUGCAGCGUUCUUCAGGAGAAACUCUCCUUACCCUUAAUGUACACCCAGGACUUCACAGAGCAGAUGUAUGUUAUAAUCUCCCUAAUCAUGAGGAACCUCAAGGGGUUAAAAGAUUUCAGUAUGCUAAAGAGUUCAGUAAAGGAUCAAGACUUUCUACACACAGAAGAAUUCUCCCAGGGAAAAGUCCAUACUCCUAUGCAGAAUGUGGGAAGCACUUCACAAAGAAAUCAAGUCUUGUUGAACAUGAGAAAAAUCACAAAGGAGAAAAACCGUAUUCAUGCUCAGAAUGUGAGAAAUGCUUUAUUUGGAAAUCCCAUCUUGGUAUACAUCAGAAAAGUCACACAGGGGAGAAACCUUAUUCCUGUUCAGAAUGUUUUAAGUGCUUCCCAUUAAAAUCAAGUCUUGUUAGACAUGAGAAAAUUCACAAAGCAGAGAAGCCAUACUCCUGCUCAGAAUGUGAUACAUGGUUUAUAGAGAAAUCAAAACUUGUUACACAUGAAAGAAGUCACACAGAAGAGAAGCCAUACUCCUGUUCAGAAUGUGGGAAGUGCUUUACAAAAAAAUCAAGUCUUGUUGAACAUGAGAAAAAUCACAAAGGAGAAAAACCGUAUUCAUGCUCAGAAUGUGAGAAAUGCUUUAUUUGGAAAUCCCAUCUUGGUAUACAUCAGAAAAGUCACACAGGGGAGAAACCUUAUUCCUGUUCAGAAUGUUUUAAGUGCUUCCCAUUAAAAUCAAGUCUUGUUAGACAUGAGAAAAUUCACAAAGCAGAGAAGCCAUACUCCUGCUCAGAAUGUGAUAAAUGGUUUAUAGAGAAAUCAAAACUUGUUACACAUGAAAGAAGUCACACAGAAGAGAAGCCAUACUCCUGUUCAGAAUGUGGGAAGUGCUUUACAAAAAAAUCAAGUCUUGUUGAACAUGAGAAAAAUCACAAAGGAGAAAAACCGUAUUCAUGCUCAGAAUGUGAGAAAUGCUUUAUUUGGAAAUCCCAUCUUGGUAUACAUCAGAAAAGUCACACAGGGGAGAAACCUUAUUCCUGUUCAGAAUGUUUUAAGUGCUUCCCAUUAAAAUCAAGUCUUGUUAGACAUGAGAAAAUUCACAAAGCAGAGAAGCCAUACUCCUGCUCAGAAUGUAAUAAAUGGUUUAUAGAGAAAUCAAAACUUGUUAAACAUGAGAGAAGUCAUACAGGAGAGAAACCAUAUUCAUGUUCAGAAUGUGGGAAAUGUUUUACAGAUAAAUCAGUUCUUGUUAAACAUUUGAGACGUCACACGGGAGUCAAACCGUUUUUAUGUUCAGAAUGUGGGAAGUGUUUUACAGAUAAAUCAACUCUUGAUGGACAUUGGAGAAUUCACACAGGAGAGAAGCUGUAUUCAUGUCCAGAAUGUGGGAAAUGUUUUAUAGAUAAAUCCGUUCUUGUUAGACAUUUGAGAUGUCACACAGGAGAAAAACCGUUUUUAUGUUCAGAAUGUGGAAAAUGUUUUACAGAUAAAUCAAGUCUUGUUGCACAUUGGAGAAUUCACACAGGAGAGAAACCGUAUUUAUGUUCAGAAUGUGGGAAAUGUUUUACAGAUAAAUCAAGUCUUGUUGCACAUUGGAGAACUCACACAGGAGAGAAGCCAUAUUCAUGUCCAGAAUGUGGGGAAUGUUUUACUGCUAAUAUCAAACUUAAGGAUCAUCAGAAAUGUCACACAGGAGAGAAGCUGUUUUGAUGUUUUAGAUAUUGAAAAUGUUUUAUAAAGAAAACAAAUUCUAAAACUCAUCAGCUUUUUUUUUCCAAUUAUAUGAAAUACUAUAAGAGCAAAAAGAAAUGUUAACCCCAGUUUUUUACAGACAGGUAAGUCAUAUGUUCCGCAACAGCAAGAAAAGUUGCGCAAUGUGUCUGCAACUUGACAAAUCAGCCAAAAAUCUGCCAAAUUGCCAAAAUGUCACAGUCAAGUUGCACUGGAACCUCACUGUAUUGUGUUCUAUGAUUGCAAAGUCGCAUAUGACCUGCAACCACAUAUCCAAGUGUCGUGGCAUAUUGCGUGUCACAUUGUGACCAUUUGACAAUCAAUAGAUGCA